AACUCUGGCUUCUAGGUGUCUCGGCAUCAGCAAUCUUUCUCAUUUUUAGAAUUCUCAGCAUUAUACUGCCUUCAUUCCCUGACUUUUAGCCGUAUCUAACGGGUGUCUGCACAGUUGGGAUGAAUCGCACCAGAGUUAAAUUGAGAUUUUAAAGCAUGGGUAAGGAAGGAAGCACUCAUCCGUUGGCCACAAUACCAUGGUUGCCUACCCCGACGUGUAAUUUGAGGCUGCGAGACUCUGCAAUUUUUAAAAAUCGGUACAGCUAUGCUGACUUCAGAUACCAGGAGGACUUGGAAAGGCUCAUGGGUUCGGAGUUUGAGGUUGAACGGACGAGACUUUCAAUAUAUGACUUUAAAUCGUUCAACAAAGCUUUCCCAUUUUACAUUCCACUGCCUCACCAUACGAUGUCUGUCAAUGGAAUCCGGGAGACAGGCCUUGAUGGACAAUAUUGGCAAGUGGCAGCGCAGUUUUUGCUCAGCAACAAAGUGCUGGGGCCAUCUAUAUGGAAUAAUGACCUGCAAUCUGGACAUAAAGCUUCCAAAAAUGAAAAGAAGUCCCAUAUCAUCAAGGGCAGCAUUCCGCAAUGCCGGCGUCCUGAGGACUUUCUUUUCGAGCCCUGGAUUUUGAUUCAACUGCCGUUCCAGCCGGUCCUGCUGCACCAGUGGCUUGUUGCUGUGUUCGUUGAAGUCUUGAUUUUCGAAAUGGAAAUGUCCGAGUUUUACAAUUAUCCAUUUCCGGAAGAGUUCAAGAUCGCAGUGUCUGAACUGGACAUAAUCCUCAAGGCCCUGAAAGGCAAUUUGGGCUUUGGAUUCGAUUGGCUGCAGAGCCAAGCAGAAGCUGCCUGCGAGAAUGAAAUUGUCGUCGGAGACCUGGUCGAAUUUACCAAUAUGUUGAAGGAAACGCUCGCGUUUCUAGAAUUUCGGUUCUCAGUCGGACGAACAGUGAUCAGUGCGCUUAAAAAACUUUGCUGGAGCGCUUCACAGUCCCAAUCUAAAUUAGUCGAACUGGAGAAAACCAAAACAGCGUUCGAUGAGAGGAACUUCCUGUACAAUUGGACCGCCUGGCGUGAGAUCGGAGAUGUUACAGUUUUUGGCAACUCCUCAGAGCGAUUGGUGUCUUACGAGGACGACUUACACUCCAAACUGCUGGGAAAAAACACCUAUCCCACUCAUUGCAGGUCUAACGUCGUAAUUGGAAAUUUGAUCAAGAAUUUUAGCCCUCAGAUAGACAUUAUUUUCUUCGUGUUUGAUCCCACAUGCUGCAAACUCGUGCAGAAUUUGAGAAAUUGUGAAAAUGCAACCACCCUGAUGAUGAUCAGAAAAGAAGAGCAUGGAAUUCUAGGAUCUAUUUUGUACAACAAAAUGAAAGUGGAACUCGUUGACGCCUGCGACAAACUCGGCAGCUAUCUGUGCAAAGUUUCAAAAACUUCCCCAUCAACAUUUUUCGAGGGAAAAUAUGGGGAUGCCAACGACAUUGACCUGCCAAAAAUCAUGUGUGCUCUGAGCAAAAUGCACGACACAGAAAAGUGGGAAUUGCAGAACCUCUUGCACGAAGUGAAGAAAAAUAUUCUUGAAAGUGACGGCUGCUCUCCUUAUUUUGCAGAUGGCUCUGAAAAGAUCGCUUCUGAUUUUGAGGCAAGAAUAAAGAGGAUUGUUUACGAAACCAUCGCAGACCAUUAUAAAAUCAAAGAAUUUGAGAAGGAGAAGGAUGAAAAGUUGCGUGAGUGGCAGAUCGGGCAGUACCUGUUGCCCUGCUUUGUCGCCUCCUUCCUCGAUUUGUGCGCUGACAUAUCGGUCGACGAGAGCACCAAAGAGUGGUACAUGCGUUUUGUCGACGAGCUCAUCGCCUCCUACGAAAAUUUUGGAUUUUCUCGAUCCUCCGACGCCUGCAUCAUGUUAGAAGUGGAGCAGGGUUUGUCCUUCUAUAUGUCAUUCAACUACGACCACUCAUCAAUGCUGGUGCGCCACUUCAGGAGGAUCUCGCACGCCCUUUUUGCUGAAAUCCAAAGCGACACUGCUAUCGCCAUGCAAAAGGUUUUCUCGUGUUUCGACCAAAGUAUUUCUUCCCCCGUUGGCGACCAACCAGCUCCGAUUUUCUGGCAGUGGCUGUUGCUCGACUUCUUCACGAGGGUCAGGGAAGCGUUGACCUCGACCACUCCAUUGGCUCUCACCACUUCACUGUCCUACGAGGAAAAGAAGGACGAGAUCAUCGACUUGAUCAGAUUGAUUUUCGUCGAUGCGACGUGCAGCUACGACGUUUUUGAACUCGAUCCGGACCCAGUGCAGCUUCUGAGACACGUCCUUCUCUUCAGUUUUGAACAAAUAAACGCACAGGCUGCCGCAGAGUUGCAAGUGAAUAUUCUUCCAGCGAAAUUCAAGCUGGCAAUUGAUGAAAAUGCUUUGGAAAAUGAGAUGAAAACACUGUCUGAAAGGCAAAUUCUCAGCAUCGCCUUCUACUUAGCCUUGAAGCUCACAAAAAGAGCCGUUUUCAAAGAGGCAUCUAAGACUCCGAAGCAGCUCUUUGGCGAAUUUGACACUGCAUUCCACAGCUACCUGGCUGCAGGUAACAUGUGGGCGCUGAAAGAGUAUGCCCGCGCCUUUUUCGGGAACGAAUCUAGAGUCCUGAUCGACUUUGCACGCUCGUUCGCUCCGACGUGCUAUUUUCUCGCUCUGAAAGAGCUCAGUAUUGACAGUUUGGAGGCGAUGUCCUUCCCCGACGAUUACUGGUACUUUCCCAUCGAGCACUGCAGGUGGUGCGGCAGGGCCGAUUCGGCCGAACUGCGAGUGUGCUCCGAGUGCGAAAUCGACACCAAGUAUCCGACCGUGAACCUUUACUGCUCGGAGCAGUGCGACGUUAUCGCCAGGCGCAAGAUUCACAGCGAUGAGCACGACCACUUUUUGUGGCACCAGAUCGAGCAAAACUUGCGGGAAUGACACUUAAACUUGGUGUACUCUGGUAUUUGAUCAAUUCAUAAGCUGAAUAAAUAAAUGUUGAAAAAUAAGACGGGUUGGCAUUGACAUUGACGCGAAGUAGAGGAAUUUAUGAUAGCGAGAAUAAUAUUGAAACGAUCUGCGUUUAUAUAUUGUCCAUUAAGAUAUUUAUUUAAAGUUGUGAUUAAUUUAUAUGUAUUGUUAUUAGCAUUUGGGUGGUCGAAACGCAAAUGAUUUUUGUUUACGCUUUGGUGGCGUGCUCCGAAUUUAAUUGUUAUUUGUGUUAGACUUGUGUAGGAGGAAAUAAAAAAGGACUAAUAAA